AUGGUAAUAUUUAUUUUAUUUUUUUUUAUAUAUAAUAUAAAACUAGCCAAAUUGGAAAAAUCAUUAUUUAAUUAUUUAAGUGAAAUAUCUUUUAGUGAGCCUUUUGAAAACUUGUUUGAAAAAUGUCUUGAGAUUCCUAAUAAUAUAUGUUUAGGGGGAACUACUACCCCAAUAAUUUCUCAUAGCAUACAUAAUGGAUUAAUAGGAAAAUGGACAUUUGAUGAUAUAUAUGCAUUGGAUUAUAGUUCAAAUAAAAAUCAUAUGCAUAAGUUAAUAAGAAAUGGUCCUAGUUUUAAUGGACACGGUUAUAGUGGGGCAUUUAUAGGGGAUAUAUCUGGAUUUGUUCCUUCUGGUGAAACAUUAAAAACAACUCAAUUUACCAUAGUAUUUUGGAUUUAUUUACUGGAAAGGUCAACUAGCCAUUUUCGCAACAUUAUUUCACAGAUAGAUAAUAAGGAAGAGAAAAUAGCCAUAUUAUUACAUCCGCACACAACAAAAAUAUCAGUGAGAAUAAUGGGAAAAGAUAAUUCAAACGAAGGUUUAUCUUCUAUUGGACAUAUUCCAUUGAGAAGAUGGACUAAUAUUGCAAUAACAUUAAAUGAAAAACAAGUAGAAAUAUACGUAAAUGGAGUAUUUGAUAAUUCAGUAUUCUUAAAAAGCAAAAUUGUAGAAAAGAGAGGAAAUAUAACAAUAGGAAAAAAUUCCAAUUAUUCCAGUUUUAAUGGUUAUUUAGAUGAAUUACAUUUUUAUAACAGAAGUUUAAAUGUAUCAGAAAUAAAAUCCUUUUCCAUACCAAGUAUAACAGGAAUAUAUGAUACAAAUUUUGUACAUAUUGGUUGUCUUAGCUGUGACUAUGAUACUGCUAAAAGUGAUAAUUUAUGUAAAAAAAAUUAUGAAUUGUGUUCUUUAUUUAAUUUAUAUAACGGAGGAAUACAUUAUGCAAGGAUAAAUGGAAUUCUUACAGAAAAAUCAAACAUAUGGGCAUCUGAUAUAUCAGAAGAUACAAUUGAAAAAGGGGAGAAAAGGAUUGCUUUAUGUUGUAAAUUAUAUAAGGAUAAUACAUAG